CCCAACAAUCUCCUUUGAUGUGGUUGUUCUUCCUUGCCUAGGGAAUCCUCCUCUGGGAAAAAUGUAACCACACCUAAAGACUCCUUCCAAUCGACUAUGCAGAAAGCGUAAAGCCAAUCCCCACUAGAAGCCCUUGUAGAAGCCCCUCUGUGCCGGCACAGGCUCUCCCCGCUCGGGAAGCGGCGGGGACCGGAGCUGGGGCAGGCCCGUCCCAGCCGCGCUCGCCAGCGAUGCUUUUGGUCCCUCUGGAGCCGCCGUAGCGGCCGGGCCGGCGCCUGCGUCCCACAGGCAUCCCGGCUCCCGGUUCCUGCCUCCUGCCCGCCGCCGCCAUGGAUUACCGAGCGCUGGUGAUGAGCCAGGUCGUCCCCGGGCAGUUCGACGAUGCGGACUGCUCGGACAGUGAAUCUGCAGAAGACACAGAAGCAUGUAAAGAGGGUGAGGUCCCUGAGAACUGCCAGUUGUCCACGUGUGAAGAAGUUAACGCUGAGGAACCAGACGGUGAUGAUGACAACGAUGAUGAGGAGGAAGAUGAAGACUGGGACUGGGAUGAUGAGGUGGGAAGACUCACCAAGCGCCACAAUACUGCUGGUGGAUGCAAUCCACAGGCAAAUAGACAGACCCCUAAUUGCUCUUCAGCAAAACUGUCAACCCCUGCAGGCAAGGUUUUAAGAAAAUUUGAGCACAAAAUUAAUUUAGAUAAGCUAAAUUUUGAUGACUCUGUUAUAAACAGAGUCACAGAAAAGUCUAGACAGAAGGAAGCAGAGAUGUACCGAGUCAAAGACAAGUCAGACAGAGCAACAGUAGAACAGGUGUUGGACCCAAGGACUCGAAUCAUUCUGUUCAAGAUGCUCUCUAGAGGUAUCAUAUCAGAAAUCAAUGGCUGCAUCAGCACAGGGAAAGAAGCCAAUGUAUAUCAUGCCAGUACUGCAAAUGGAGAGAACAGAGCAAUAAAGAUUUACAAAACCUCUAUUCUGAUGUUUAAAGAUCGGGAUAAGUACGUGAGUGGUGAAUUCAGAUUUCGGCAUGGAUACUGCAAAGGCAACCCAAGAAAAAUGGUGAAGACAUGGGCCGAAAAAGAAAUGCGGAAUUUAAUAAGGUUGAACACAGCCCAGAUACCUUGCCCAGAGCCAAUCAUGCUAAGGAGUCAUGUGCUUGUCAUGGGCUUUAUUGGUAAAGGUGAUAGGCCUGCACCUCUGCUGAAGAAUGCUCAGUUAUCUGACUCCAAAGUCCGGGAGCUAUACCUGCAGAUCAUCCAGUACAUGAGAAGAAUGUACCAAGAUGCCAGACUUGUUCAUGCAGAUCUCAGUGAAUUUAAUAUGCUGUACCACGGAGGGGAUGUGUACAUCAUUGAUGUGUCUCAGUCCGUGGAGCACGACCACCCACACGCGCUGGAGUUCCUGCGCAAGGACUGUGCCAACGUUAACGACUUUUUCCAGAAGCACAAUGUUGCAGUGAUGACUGUGAGGGAGCUGUUUGAAUUUAUUACUGAUCCUUCUAUCACAAGUGAGAACAUUGAUGACUACCUGUCUAAGGCAAUGGAAAUAGCAUCGAAAAGAACAGAGGAGGAAAGAUCCAGUCAAGAUAAAGUGGAUGAGGAAGUAUUUAAGAAGGCCUACAUACCUCGAACUUUGACUGAAGUUAAAAACUAUGAGAGGGAUGUGGACAUAAUGAUGAAAUUGAAAGAAGAGGAUAUGGCAUUGAAUGUUCAGCAAGAUAAUAUUCUCUACCAGACGGUAACAGGACUGAAGAAAGAUUUGUCCGGUGUUCAGAAGAUUCCUGCACUUCUUGAAGAGGCAGACAAUUCAGAAACAGACUCUGAUGAUGAUGGUGACAGCUCAGAGGACUCUGAUUCGGGCUGUAAAGAAUCUGUACAUCCCAAAGAUAAACCUGCUGAAGUUAGCAUGGACAAAAAGGAAAGGAAAAAGAUGGUUAAAGAAGCCCAAAGAGAAAAGAGAAAAACCAAAAUCCCAAAGCAUGUGAAGAAGAGGAAAGAAAAGACUGCAAAAAUGAAGAAAGGCAAAUAAAGUCAGCUUUGGCUCAGAGAAAGGGAUGAUGUGUUAUGGACUAGUCAGUCACCAUCUUUUUUUCUUUAUUAAAAAAUUAAAUAUCCUUUAUUUAUAUACGUACAGGAUGAACUGUGAGGGUGGUUUCAUUAAUAACAUGGUGUAAUUGUUUGAACAGAGUGUAAGACAGAGGUUUCUCAAUGGGAAAAGAAUGAGUCGAACAUUUGUGCCUGCUAAAAUUCUUUACCUGUGCAGGUUUGACUUUUUUGGUAAACUCACAUUGGUUUGUUCCUGUGGUCUUACUCAUCAUGCCUUCUUCACAGUAUGAAAUCAAAUUCAGCUCUGCACGUUCUCACAGUCCCCCUGGAUAACCCUGCAGGCAUUUUGCCUUUGCUGUCUCCCUGUGCUUGCAUCGCCAUUGAUGUCCAAGUGCACACGUGGCUGCAAUCCCCAUUUGACCUUCACAGCUUCUUUGAUGCCUUUGGCUACAAAUCUCGUAACAGAGGAACCAAUCAGGGCUUCCAGAUGUCUCUCUCUCUGCUCUCCUUCUUAAUCCACACAGGAAUUGAUAGCACUCUCACAUAAGUACUCAUGUAACUGUAGCCAGUAUUACUGGAGCAAGCAAGACUGGUAUUUUCUCAGCAAAAGGGGUUUUUUUUUGGAACACUGAGAUGAAAUACGUGCAUUUUGAAAUUGGCAUUACAUCAGGGGCAAGAGAGAGGCCAGCCUCUAACUUGGUAGUGAAGGAAGGAGGAGUUGCAGGACCUCUAUCCAGAGAUGAGGGAGUACUGGUGAUGGCUCUUUCUCAUAACACCAAGGGCUUAGAUGCUGCCAGAAGCAUGAACACUUUUAUUUCCUGCUUGUGUACAGAGAUAUUCACGACAGCUGGGAUUCAUGAAGACAGUGCACCAGGAAGUGUGUGUAGGGCUAAGGGUUGUGGAUGGAGUGGGGAAUUGUGUCCAAGUUGUUGCCUUUCCCCGGGAACAAGUUGUGCACUGGGCAGACCUCUGUGGUUUUGGUGAAGUGGGGUAAGCAUAAGUGACUGUGAAGCUGUGUGUGCUUUACUUUGUGUGGCUCAGCAAUGGAUGACUCCACCAGGAAACUGGUCCAUGGCUGAUCAGUGUGAGGUGGGGGUUGUCAGACACAAGAGACAGUCACCUUCUCCUUGGAUCUGGCUGCUCUGCAGGUGGGGAUAGGUGCUGGUUCUUGGCAAAGAGCCUGGAAACUCCAGAGACAGAGCAUGUCCCACAGGGCAGUGUUUACCUCCUUUACCUGAGGAGACACUUCAGAGAAAGGAGGCUGCUCUCAUCUGUGCUUGAGGGAAGAGGAAAUGUCUCAGCCCACAUAACCUUGUCUUCCCUCCAGGCUGUGCACCACAGCCUUAUCAAGUUUGCCCAGCUCUAACUGUCCUGUAGCAGGAAGGUGAUCCUGAAUCUGUCAUUUUGGAUUGGAACCUUGCAGCAGGACUGUCUGUGCAGGCUGUUCAAAGCAAGAGCUGCCUGCCUCAGGUGUUUGCUCUGGGACAGGUGUGCACAGUCGGGGUGUUGGCAGGGGACCUGAGGUGAAGCACAGCCAGAAAAGCCCAUGUGCAAGUGGAGAUGGCCUGGGCAUGGCUGUUGCAGUGGGGUAUGUGCUUGUCGAGGUAGGCUGUGAGUGCAAUUCAUGUGUCCUGGCCGCUGUAAACCUGACUAAAUAUACUAAAGUGAGGCAGAACACAGGAAUAGGGUGGGUGGGGAGCUUUUUGGAUCAGAGCCAUGAGAUGAAGCAUCUUUGGGGUGAUCCCUGAAAGCAAGAGAAGGGAUGAAGAAUGCUAUGUGUAACUACAAAAGGCACCGGUCUGAUUGGGUGUGAGGAGGAUGAGGAUGGGAUGGCAUGGCUUUGUAUCCUGUGCUAAAGGAAAAGCUUCCAAGUAGCACAGAUACCCAGUUUAUCCCCACUUUUCCCCCAGAGAUUAGAAUCCUACAAGGCCUGCUCUUUUUUCCAUGGCACCUGUGCAGACAGAGUAGUAUUACCAUAUAUACCAGUUCUAGGUAUAAAAACAAUGAGGAAACAGCUCAAAGCUAAUGCUUCCCCUUUAUCUUCCAUAAUUUUCUUCCUACCCUCUCUUCCUCCACUCCCCAAGACUGAAUUUGCUGGUAGGGCUCUUGGGUCUCUUGUGGACCAUUGCAAAAAUCUCCAUCAUGGAGCUCACCUCGUGUCACAGCACAGGCAGACAGACCCUGGAGAGGUGGGCUGUGGGGUGCUGGUGGGCUGUGGAGCCAGAUGACCCUGAGAUGUCACAGCAGCAGUGAGACUGAACUGUGCCGGUGUGAUACCUACCCCUAAGACUGAGAAUUCCCUUCUGUUGACUACAAACACAUUCCUCCUCUACCCCACUGCUCACUGGGUGUUCCAGUGUCAAAGUGGAGCACUCACAUUACUGUUUUUCCCCUUUUUGAAUGAGAACAUCUUUGCUGAGGUCAUGCCAUAAACUCUCUUGCUUUGUCUCUCAGGCUUUGGGAAUGUUUCUGCAAGCAGCACUUUUGAUAAUUGUCUGGUGUGUUUUUCAAAGCACAACUGUUUUGUUUUCUGUCUUCACUGAAAAUGGAUUAGAGUCCAGUUCUGUCGGGCAAUCAGAAGGAAUUUUUACAGCUGUAAAAGCAAAACUUACAACUGCUUUGAUACUCCUUUCUGUCUUAAAGUGCUGGAGGAGGAUUGGCUUAAAGAUGGCAGGAUAAGGUGCUUUAUGCAGAGGGCAGGCUGUGAGUGGGUUGUGGCAGAAUGUUGCCUCUGGUGUUUGCACUGGUGUGGGUAAAAAUGGGCUUGAAAUUAGCUGUCUAAUCUGAGAUGCUGUUAAUUUUAUAUAUAUAAAUAUAGUUUUUUUUAGAAUGGACUGAGCAUGUGAAAGACAUAAAAUUCUCAGGCACAGGUCAGAUGCGUGGAAAAAUGCAUUUCUGGGAUUUUGUGGCCAGAAGAUUUAGUGGCAUUAUAAAGCUUAUAAGUAUGUAGAGUGGGAAUAUUUACAACUCUCUUAUCAGAGAUGAAAAUGUAAAAAAAAACCAAUCUUAUCUUCCAGGGCCUUUCCAAGUAGUCCCAUCUUUGCAGUCAUUCACUGGGAUUCAAUGGGAGAGGACUGGAAGGAGAUACUGCUAGAUAAUAUAUGUUAAGUUCCAAAAAAGUUCAUUAGUGAGGUGGUGGAAUUUUUUGGGAAUUUCAGCCCCCCACCCUCCUGAAGUUCUGCAAUGCCAUGUGGUUGAUUUGCAUUCUGAGCAUUGAUGCUAGUUUUCCUCUCAGGUCUGAGGUCAGUGCCAGGAUGGUAUUAAUUUGUUGUUUUUUCCACACAAUAUAUUUUAGUAUAUGUAGCAGCAGAAGCAUUGGAAGGUGGUGUUUUGUGGAUUUGGUUUCCCCAUGACGAAGCCAGUAAAACCAGCUUUGUAAGGAUACGUCUGCUCAGAAGGAUUUGAUUUCCAUGCUGAAAUAUUUUGAUUAAACAAUGCAACAAUGCACAACCAGCUGUGGCAGGCUGCUUUUGGCCUGUGUGCUCAGGCAAGGGUCACACCUUCGUGGUGCUUCAAGACACUAAAGAAGUGAGGCUGACAUUUUCUGAAGACCAAUGCAUCCUGCAGAUGGUCACAGGUAGUGGAGGAGCUGAUGAUGAAGAACUGUGACAGCUGGAUUCCAGAAUACCAGGUUAACUCAGAAAGUUAACUCAGAAUUUAUUUCGAACCUUCUAGGACAUCUCUGUAAAAAUAAACACAUAACUUAAUGACUCAUUGUUUUUACAGUUGUAAUUUUGGUCCUUCUAAACUGCUAGUAGACUUUCAAAGCAAAAAUGCUGACCCUUUGCCUUAGUAUCUCGUUAUUUUUCUGGUCUUGACAUAACCUUAUGUUCCUUGUGAUAAUCUUCGUGUCCUCUAGAGGGAGAAGUAAGUUCAUGCUCAAACAGUGUUGGAACGUGCCAAGGCUCCUUUAAUAUGUGGAAAGUGCUAACUGUGUUUCAAUCAUCUACCUCACUUUCUGUAAAUUUUGAUGGAGUUGUACAUGCACCUAGAUGUUAUUUCUUUUUCCUCCUGAUUUUGUAGUUCUUGGACAAAGUUUUAUACCUUGAGGACAUGGGGCCAUGAUUUGUUCUGGGCCAGGGCAGGCCUGCAGUGCUGGGUUUUGGAAGAGAUUCUAGAUGACACAUGACAAACACCAAGGACAAUUCUUUCCCUGAUGAAGGCUCAUGGUUUCUCAUUCUGUGGUCCUCAGUCAGGCACAAGCUUGUGGAGUGUUAAAGUGGACAUGUGUUGCAGAACGCUGUGUCUCUCUGGGCUAUGAAGAGGACUUUAUGUGACUUGAGAGCUACCACUGUGCACUGUCGACCUCAGGUGUGACAGAUACCUGGGCCCUUGAGGAAGUGUAAGGAGGUGGUACCAUCCUGUGUGAAACACACUGUUCAUACAACUUGCUGUGCUCUAACAGUGGUGAAUAUGGGGAAUGCUUGUUCUUUCGGUGGUAACUCAAGUGAUGGAGCAGUGGUCUGGAGAGACAAAAGUAAAGGGGAAAGAGCAAUUGAAGAGGAGAAGAGGUUGUCACUUUGUGGUUCUUCAGCCUCUUUUGUGCCACUGCUUGUUCUCAAUGCUGUGACCAAUUGACUUUCAAGUCCCCCUGCCUUAAUGGUCCAACCUUGUCUCAUCUCACCUUCGCUACAGGCUACACCAGCUCCAGAUGGGGAAGAACAAAGGAACAGCAGGGAGAGUUGGAGGCUCUUCUCAGGGCGGUUUUGACUAGUUUGAGAAGCCACUCCCUGUGGGAGUAUGUGGCUGAGGAGGCAGAUUUGCAGUGACUUGACUCCGUGACAUCAGGUGCAUCAGUGCAGCACAGGGUGCGAGUCAUUACUGGGGAUGGGAAGGGACCAGACCAAGGGCUCAGUCCUGCUGAAGGCUCAACUCCUGGUGCAGCUGAAGGAAAUGGAACUUUGAGACUGACUUAAAAUGGGGCUGAAGAGCUUGCAGCUGAAGAAGGGGUUUCUUGACCAUGUCACAUUUCUGGUUUUCUGGCACUUUGGUAUUGGUGGAGUAGAAGAAAGUGAAUGGUUCCUUCAAAGCUGUUUUAAAAGCAUUUAAAAGAAGAGUUCAGAAGAAUCCAUUGUGCGUUGUUUUUUGUUUUUUUUUCCUUUUCCCUGAGCUUCUAAGGAUUACUGUUUAUAGCCCUGAAUAAUUAGCAAAUACCCUAUUUGUGAAGAUCUCUUUUCAGCCAUCCAAAGUGAUUGCAUUAAGAUGUCAUUCAACAUUAUACACAUGGUGGAGAGAAAAGCCAGUCCUGGUCUUCUCUCAAAGUUGAACAGGCUCCAGCCUGUAAUGGAGCUAUUUAUUUAUUUGAGAGUGAAGAAAAGACAAACAAAAUUUGUUAUUGCGUAAAGGAAUCAAAAAACAAUUUGAACUUGAUUCACUGUUGGCUUUCCAAAUAUUUCAAUAUAAAACUUUCCCAAGAUCCUGGCAAAUCCCUGUCACACUUAUUUUAUGAACUAUUUCCUUUCCUGCAGGUUAACUAGCAACACUCGUUUUUGUGUGGGGAAAUGAGUAGCUAUGCCCACAGAUGUUACUGCAAAGUGAUUUCAACUUCAAUAAACAGAAAUGAGAUGUUGGCUUUCUGUGACUAGCCAAGCCCUUUUAUAGGAAGCCCAUCAAUUACAUUAAGUGCCCUGUGGCUGCCUGUGCAUUGUGCUGUGCAGAAUUAAAGGAUUACAGUUUGUAUGGGAUUAACAACCUGAGAUUAUCUCAGCUGGUCAGAGCAGGGUGCUAAUGACACCAAGACUGUGGGAUCAAUCCCUGUACAGACCAUUCAGAGUUCAACUCAAUGAUCCUUAUGGGUCCCUUCCAACUCAGAAUUUUGUGACCUGGAAAUAAAUUGACUAUUUCAACAA